CCCCGCUCCCAGACCUCGCACCCGCCUCGAGGCGCCCACACCCCGCACCAUGCCGCCCAAGCGCACCGCCGAGGAGCUUCACGCCCUGUCGCACCCGAGGUCAAAGCGCUCGUACAAGGAGACCAACUGGGCCAUCAAGAAGCUCGACUCGGAGCCGCUGUUACGGUCCGACAUUCAGUGGCAGGUCCUCGACGACAUCUUCGCCGACCGCUCGUUCCGGUUCACGGCCCCGGUCGACCAGAACUCGGACCCGAUCUACCUCAACUUUGACCAGCUGUACCUCGAGGCCAUCCUCUCGUCGACAAAGACGACCCAGAACAUCCGCCAGAAGCUCAUCUCGAACCCGCAAUUCGCCAUAAACUACUGCAAGCUCUGCCUCCUCGUCAACGUCGGCCGCGUCAACACGACCCUCGCCUUCUACCCCAACAUGCGCACCGCCCUGAGGACGUACCACCCGGUCCCGUCGCUCCAGACCGAGGAGACGUCGCAGAAGGAGAUGUCAGACGCGCCGCGCAUCAAGGGCAUGCUCAAGGGCGCCAUGCUCGACCACGAGGUCAGCAACCCGCCGACGACGCUCAAGGACGUCGCGAGAAAGUCGGCUUCGGGCCAGAUCGUGCGCGGUCCGCCAACGACCAUCAUCGAGGCGAUCUUUCUCGUCUUCAACGAGGCCGGCUGGAUCAGCGAGAAGUACUUCCCAGACGGCUUCGACCUGU